CUUUUUUCCCUUCUAAUCUUUUCCCAAUAUUUGUUUUUGUGUGAAUUACAGGUAAUAUAAUAAAUUUAUAGAAGCAAAUACUUUUCACUGGAUAGCAGGUUAUAAAUUUCUCGUUGAUCGGAGAUAUUAUUGAAAACUUUCAAUUAAGAAAAUACGAAUGUAUCUAGACAAAAGGCAUUAAAAAUAUUCUUUAAGGUGAACAUCAUUAUUUCAGAAUGGAUGAUAAAGUUCAAACUGCCCAUAAUCAGCCGGGAAAGUCCCUGAAAAGAAAAAGGGGGAAAGAGCAUAAGCAAAGAAGAAAUAAAAAGAGUAAAUUUUCUUCAGCAUCAAAAUCAUUGGUUGAAAAUUCAGGAGGAUAUCUGCUAAAUCACAAAAUAAAAUUCUUUGAUUUAGAAUGCCAAACACUUCUUGCGCUAAAUUUAUCACCACAGUUUUGCUUCAAGUUUUUUGCAAAUAAAGCAGAGACCUAUACGAAAUUUACUAGUGCUGAGCAAUUGAAAAUAAGCAUGAAAUUUGAUGCUGAAAAUGUCUGCUUAUGGAGCAUAGGAAAGAUAGAUCAGGAUUGGCUUUCUCCAGGUGCGGCAGAAAAUUCGGUGAAAUGUUUACAUCAUACAGUGUGCAAAACUAUACAAGAGGAGGUAAAUGCAACGAAAGAAAAGCAAUUAUUCUUCUACAAUCAAAGCAGAAAUCUACAUAUUCAAUUUCAGACCAACCUCAUUUUAAACUGUUUUGAUUGCAACUUGAGAUUUUUUAACUUUGCUUUAAAUUCCAGUGCAGUUUUAGAGGGCACACAUUUAGAUUUAAAAUAUCUUUCACAAUGGAAUACCAUUGCACUUACCUUUGAUCUGAGUAGCAUAAUUGACUUCAAAAGAUAUAUAAUGUUCUUUUCAUUGUUACCCGAAACUUCAAAUAAUACAGAACAAAAUAAUUUUUCACAGCAAGUGCUAAAUGAAGAAUCUCUUUUCAUUGCACUUAAUUGUUUCGUUCAGUUGGAAUUAAGAAAGAAAAGAGCUACUAUUUCAAAAUUAAACAUACUUUACACUGUAAUAAAACAGCGAUUAUCAUCCAAUCUGAGCGCAGAAAAUAUCACUGAAAAUUUAUUGAAAAAUUAUCAGUUGAUAUGUUUGUAUCCAAAUAUUCAUUUUAAUGGAUUAACUUUAAAAUUAAACCUGACUGUUUAUUUUGCAUGUUUAGUCCCAACAUUAAAGCAAUAUAUGCAUUUCAUAGGCUUAAUUUCAAAGUUUCAAAAUAAGGUCAGUCUUCUUCUAAAACUUAAUACUUUACUUUUGAUGGAGAAAAAAAUGUUUUUCAGGAGUACUUCUCGAAAUUCCUUUAACACUAAUUUCUUCCCUAAUUUCAGAGAAGAUAAAAAGGACCUCAAAGAUUUGAGAUGCAAGGAAGAUUCAAAAAUUUUGAAAAUAUUUUACAAAAUUUGUAAAAUAAAAGUAAAACGUAAAAUUCCUUUAAAUAAAGUUAUUCUUUUAAAAUACAUACGGAUGAAUUUAUUGAAGAAAGAUAACAAUAUGUAUCGCCUAUAUUCUAAGGCCACACACACUCUUUUUAGUUUACGAUCAUUAACGACAGAAAACCAAAAUGCCUCAAAACAUGUUAUAAAAGCAUACCACACAGUGAAAUAUUUUACUCAGUUUGGCCGAAAUUACAAUCAGAAUUUUAAUCAAGAGCUGUAUGAUAACGGCAAGGAAAUGUUCGCAAUCAUUUGCAGUAAUGAACCAAAAUAUAAAGAUAUGGCAUAUUUUGGAAGAUUGAAAUAUCAGAGCUGUUUUAAUUUAAAAGAAGGCAAUCGUAAUAUUACAGAAUGUUGUUAUGGCUUAAUCUCAAUUCUUUAUAAAAAGAUUUGUAAUGAAUCAAUGCGAUUAGUUCUGAAUGGUGAUUUUCUCACAAGCAAAAGAGAUGUUAAAUCUGUAAGUGCGCAUAAUACAAAUCUGUGUUCAAAAACUAUAAAGUUAUUUAGAGGUAAGAAAAAUGAAGAAAUACAGAGAAAAUUUACAAAAACACAUUCCAAUGAAAAGAUCAGAAACUUAGUAAAAGCCUCGAAAGAGAUCGCGCAGAAAAAACAAUACAAAGAGAAGAAAGAAAUGCGAAAAUUGUACCAGAAAAAUAAGAAAUGUAAUGAAACAAUAGCUACAUUCAUGGAAAAUGAAUUAAUAGAAAUAAGCAUAAAUGAUAUGAAGUUCUUUCAUAAAAAUAAAAAGCACUACAGAGGAAUAGAAAUGCUAAACAGUAAUGGCAAAAUAACACAGGCAGAAGAUCAGUUUCCCAUGAAAAUAAGUACAAAUAUUAUUUCGAAAAAUCUGUUCGAAAGACGAGAGAAUAAAUUACGAUGUACAUCACAAAUGAGAAAUAAUUUAUUACAAAUCGAAGACAAGUUUACAAAUGAAGAUACAAAAACUGCAGAAGUUCAGUUUACCAUGAAUACAAGUACAAAGGUUACUUCGAAAAAUUUAUUCAAAAGACGAGAGGAAGAUGAAUUUGGAUGCACAUCGAAACUGAAUAACAGUUUGUUUCUGCUCAAAGAAAAGUUUUUAAAUGAAAAUAUAAAAAUUGCAGAAGACCAACUUCUCACGAAAACAAGAACAAAAGUUACUUUGAAAAAUCUUUUCAAAAGGAGAGAGGAAGACAUUUUGGGGUGUACAUUAAAACUGAACAAUAAUUUGUUUGAACUCGAAGAAAAGCUUUUAAAUGAAGAUAUAAAACUCGGAGACAUUAGAUUUUGCAGCGAAUACUCUAUUAACAGGGAAGAAUAUCAUACUGGAUAUGGUGAAUUCGAAACUCAUGCACUCAAUAAAUGCAUAUUACCAAGCAUAAACCAGAAAAACGUAAAAUGUAAAACCGAUGAUAAAGGUCUAAGCGUUAAAAUUUCAAACAGAAUACUAGACCAAUUUCUCGGAAAUGAAAACCAAUCCUCAUGGAUGAAAUUUAGGCAGAACUUUAGCAAAAAAUUAUGUACAAAGAAAAUUUUUUCAGCAAGGUCUGAAUGUGGAGUUAAAGAAGGCAUCCAUAAAGCAGUACAGGGCUGUGUAAGCGACUGCAAUAUUUUGUACGGGGAAACCACAUCAAUUUCAAACAGUAAAUAUAUUGAAAUAACUCAGCUUGAGGAAAAGGUGAUUCAUCAGCUCGAAGAUGAUAAACGUCAAAAAGGCAGUUUACACAAAAGGAAAGGAACUCAGACUAAUAGUGAUUCACCUUUAAUUACUACUAAGUUGAAUAGUUGUGAUGAGAGACGUUUUCCUGUUCAAGGUAAGAAAAUCCUCGAGGACUUCAAAGAGCCCUGUACCAGAAAAGACGCAAUUUGUCAAACCGAAAUUUCGAUGCAAACAGCUGAAAUUUCAAAUUAUAUUGUAAUAGCAGCUGAAACAUUUACUACUGGCACAGUUCUUACUCUGUCUCAAAACAUACCUGAAAGAAAUGCCCAGAACAUAUUACCGAUCAAAGUUUCCUUUCAGAAAAGUUUGCCAUGUACUAAAAGUCUUCAAGAUAAGUUGAUUGUCAAUAUAAAAGAAGUUACACCUGUUCCUUCAGACACAUCAUUUGCUUCUUCAGAUCCUCUGAAAAGUGAUUGUUACAGAACUGGUAUCCCAAACAGUCACAUAAAUCCUACUUUAACCAACUACAGCCAAAAUUUUUCAUUGGAAAAUUGUCUAAAUGAAGGAGAAGAUGGCGAAAAGAUGGAAAAUGAAAGAAAAAUGACUUGUGAAAAACAGCAGAAGAGACAAGAAGGUGAAAAAAAGCAAAAGAGCAAAGUGAGAAUGGGACUUUCUCGGAAGCAGAAAGUGAAACCACUACAUCCGUACCUAAAAAACUUACCAGCAAUUUAGUUACGGAGGAAUAUUAUUGUCAUUCUGACAAUUCAGUGUGAAACGUUAUAUUGUAUUUAAUAAUAAAGUUCAUUAU